AUGUUGAUCAGUAAAGUCUCUUUGCUGCUAUCAGCACUCUGUGCUCUUCAGCUGGAAUCUGUCGUAACAGCACAAGAGAUAGUACCUGUGACUACCGUGGCGAUUAUGUGGGGGAAAGGCGUUCGUGGAGCUCAUGGAGGAGCGGAAGUCUCACCAGACACAGCUGGUCUUGAAUUCGUUUGGACUCAGGACCAAUUUGACGAACAUCUAAAGAAAGAUUUCUACGUCCUAUAUGAUGAUUCCGACGAGUUCAAAGAAGUGAGAGCCAAUAUAUCCUGUCAUGCAGAGGCGAAGAAACCUGAAGUGACAGAACCUACCUUUUGGUUCAAUAAUCCUUCUGGACUAUCAUCCUUACCAUACUUGACUGGAAGUGAUGCCAAUACAGCUAGGGUCUAUUGUCUUCCCGAAGAGAACACUGAUAUCAGGGAUGGGAAGAUUAUUGAAAUCGACUCCGAUAAAACCUUGAUCACUUGA